AUGUUUAGUACAUAAAAUCAAAAUCAUAGAAAAACUGCUUCAAAUUCUAAAAGUAAUGAAACAUAAAAAAAAAGUGGUAACCAAUAUUAAUCCAGAUAUCCUAAUAAUUAGAUAUUAUAAUAAUUAUCAUGUUUGAAAAUGUUAAAAAAAUUACUAUUAGGAACCUCUAAAUCUCUCAAUAAAAAUAAUUCCAAGACCAGAAUAUUUACAGAAGGAAAUGAAAAUCAGUUAAAAGUACAUACAUCUGCAUCUCCAACAAAAAAUAAUCCGUAUGGAUAAUCAGCAUCCCCCCCUUAAAGAAAUAUGAGUUCUUAAGCAAAAGUAAUCUCUAACUUACUAAAUACAAAUAUGAAUCACGCACAAUACAAAAGAUAAUCAAGGAAUUAAAGAAAUCAAAGCGCUGAUUUUCAAUAAUUAUAAGCAUAAUAACAAUCACGGUAAGACCGUCUAUUAAAAAAUAAUGGCAAAAAGAAGUUUAAUUCAUACGGCAAUCUAAAUGAUCAAGUGUAUUUUGCUUAGAAAGGAGGUUUGAUCGAAUGUUCAUCGACUGUUUAACUUGUUAAUAACCCUGAUUAGAAACUAAAAAAUUCUAAAGGUUCAUUCUCUCUAAAAAACUUCCCUACCCCAAUCAACAUAUGUGCACAAUAAAUUACAUUAUAAGAGUUUAAGGAAAAAUUAAACGAGUUAAGAAAAGAUAUCAGAUAAAAUAAUGCAUUUGAAGAAUUAUAAAAAACACAAAAAAAGCAAUAAUAUGAUUAUCAUAAAUAUGAUCAUUAAGAGAGUGAAAAGCUGUUUAAAUAAGAGAUUACUCAAAGGAGCAAAUCAGUUGACUCUUAAUCAUCAAGAUCUAGAUUAGACAUUUUGAGAUAUUCAAAGGAUUGUAUAAAUUAGAAUAAAAUAUAUAAGUAAUAGAAUGUAAAAGAGGAAGAAUUUAUAAUCAAUACAUAAAGUUAUCUAACCUAGAAAAAGCUGGAGAGUAAAAUUGAUCAAUUAGUUUUUCAAGUGUAAAUUUUGAAGAAAAAAUCUGAAGAAUUAGAGUUAUAAAAUAGAUUUUUAUUUGAAAAUUUAACAAAAUUUUAGAAGGAAUCAGACUACAGUGCUGAGGAACGAAAUUUACUUAUGAAUAAGUUGGAUUAGAUGAUUGGAAUGCAAAGGAGACAGGAGGAGAAUCUUAACUUUUUUAAAUAAAUAUUUGUUAAAGGUUAUGAUUAAUCUCGAAGAAUAAAAACUGAAUAAUAGUAAUAAUAAUAAGAAGAGGAUAAUUUAUAGUUAAACUAAAAAACAGAAAUAUUGUCAAAAUAAAGACCAUUUGUCAAGUCGGCUUAUCAAGGACUUGAAUUUAAUGUCUGA